GUGUCAUGUUUAUCAUUUACCGAUUGUAGUUUGGAUCAAGCGCAACAGUUAGAAUUUUUUGUGCCAGAAAAGAGUAAUAAAAUGAUUAUUUUACCGCUGAUCGCGUGUGUCCUGAUAUCUUCGUUAUAUCCGAACAACACCGAAGCUGCGAACAUAUUAAUAAUAACGCUUGGAGGCACCAAGUCACAUAAGAUACCGUUCUUGGCGUUAGCUCAUGGACUCAUACCCAGGGGGCAUCAAGUUACUUUUGUCAGUGGCUUUAAAUCUGCUGCAAUACACAAAGACUUACAAGAGCUGGCGCCAGGACCGCUUGUUGACUAUAUACAACAAUACAUGGACUUAGAUUUGGUUGGUGCACGUCAUGAGGGAAAACCUCCGUUAACUAUGUGGCAAGCUCUACGUUAUCCAACAGAGGUCUGUCGGAGUUUUCUAAGCGAUACAGCAAUAAUCCACUCACUGCUUUCGAAAAGCUACGAUUUAGCCAUUCUCGACGGCGCUUUUCCCGAAUGCGCACUCGGUUUAGUGCAUCGGCUGGGCGUGCCAUUUAUGUACAUCAACACAGUCGGUUUCUAUACGGGCAGCUUGUCUUUAGCUGGCAAUCCAAAUGUGUAUGCUGUCACACCGCAUGUGUUUACCACAUACACUCAUUCCAUGGAUUUCUUGCAACGGCUGCAAAAUGUUGUUACACAUAUAACGGCAGAGCUCCUACACAAGUAUUGCACCGCACAAGUACAUGCUGUACUACAAACUCACUUAGGCCGUCUUAUGCCGCACCCUUACAUACUGGGGCGCAACGUGUCUUUCGUACUACAGAACGGGCAUGCCAGUGUGACCUACCCACGCCCCUACUACCCAAAUGUAGCCGAAAUCGCCUGCAUACAUUGUCGUCCAGCCAACAAACUACCGCAGGAGCUAGAGCACUUUAUGUCGUCUGCACCGGCUGGUGUCAUCUACUGCUCGAUGGGCUCAUCGGUGCGCGCUACCAAUAUGCCCGAAGAGUUUCGCCAAAUCUUGAUUCGUACAUUCGCAAAACUUACACAGUAUCAUGUGCUCUGGAAAUGGGAGAGUAAUAUCACACAAAUCAAUAACCUGCCGUCUAAUGUGCGACUGAACACUUGGUUACCGCAGCAAGACAUACUCGGCCAUCGGCGUCUCAAGGCCUUCAUCACACACGGCGGCUUACUAAGCAUGUACGAGGCGAUUUAUCAUGCGGUGCCAGUGAUAAUGCUGCCCGUCUUCUGCGAUCAUGAUGUGAAUGCGGCAAAGGCAGUCACCGAUGGCUAUACCAUACAGCUAGCACUCGGCGCCCAAUUAACUGCCGCGAGAUUACAGCGUGCGAUAUACGAUAUUAUACACAACGGUAAAUAUAGACGCGCUGUUAGACUCAGGCGCGCGCUUUUACUUGAUCAGCCAAUGUCACCACUAGAGACCGCAAUCUUUUGGACUGAAUACACUCUACGCCACCGCGGCGCACACCACUUACAGCCACCUGCGCGUGACAUGAGGUAGUUUUCCUAAUCUUUUCAAAAUAUUUUCAAUAACUCCACAUUUACUCCGCACGCUCUUCUCACAGCUUCUACACUUACCACUCAUUGGAUGUGCUCAGCGCCUUUGCUCUGGGUCUGCUGCUGUUGAUUGUUCUCUUCGCCGCUUUGCUGAGGUGCCUGCGCCAUCUGUUGUUCGGGGAUAAAGCUAAAAGAGAUUGAGUGCUUUGCACACGGAAUGCACGUUCUCGCGCACAAAGUGCAAAAUUAAAUGCGAACAAAAGCCAGCCAUUCGCAGGUUCCCCCAAAUGUAUAGCAUUGUAAUGAUUUGAAAAUAGAAAUAUUCCAUA